AUGGUCAGCCCACGAUAUAGGCCUCUUAGGCCCUCUGCCCUGAAUAUGCUUCUCAUCACGUCAACUGGGCCACUGCAGAUUGAUUUUGACGAGCUCGACUGGGCUGAGGAGAAGGCUCUGUAUUGCGCCUGUGCCUAUGCCGCCAAGGGCUACCCCUCUGUAGGAAGGAGGCUCGUUUUUGGGGCUUUGGUCGACUGCUCGGGAGAGUAUGGCGUAGAAACUAACCUGGAAAGUAACAGAAGCCAGUGGCGCCGCCAUGCCCCGGUAAAGGGCCAAGAGGCCAUCGGUGGCCACAAGGCGGCGGAGGAUCUGCAAAGCCGACCCUUUGCCGCCGUGCUGCUGCCGCACCCUAAGCGUGUCCAGCGGGUACCCGGCGAUUACUCCGGCGGUGCCGCCGAAUCCCCCGGCUACGAACUCUUUCCCCCAGCUGCUCGCUAG